UUGGCUAUUGUUUUGAGAGCAGUUAACAGGUUGCUGUUUGGUACAUCUAAGUCGGCUCAGAAAUGGAGCGUGGACUCGAUCCAUUCAAAGAACGUUGUGUCAAUACUUCAUCUUCUGGUCGCGUUGGCGCGUCUCUUACGUGCGCCCGUGCGUUUGCCUGAGAACGUGAGCGUAAACGUGGUCGUCGUAAAAAAGGAUGCGCCUAACCAACUUUCCCAUAGAACCUACAUAGAAGACAUCACGACGACGUACGACGACCUCGGCAUGAAGUGCGAGCGUGACGCGUUCGAUGCCCUCUUCGACCACGCGCCCGACAAGUUGCAAGUUGUUAAGAAGUCACUAAUAACAUUCGUCAACAAGCAUUUGAGCAAAGUCAACCUGGAGGUAAUGGAUCUGGACACCCAGUUCCACGACGGCGUGUACUUGUGCCUGCUCAUGGACUUGCUGUAG